GAGGGCAGAAUUCAAAAGACACCGCAAGAGCGUCCAACAAGCACAGCGACGUCGAGAAGACUUUCGUUGCUUCACAGGCUUCAGCACCAAGGACAGCGAUCGUCGCCAAGGCAGCGAGAGCUCCUUUUGAAUAGUUCGAAAUGGUGAUCAACUUCGACUCACAUUCGGUGACGCUUUUUGCGCUCUUCAGCGUCCUCUGGUCCCAAUGUUCAGGCUUCCCAGCGAUGGGCAGCUACUCUAGUUUAAGAAUGUUGAUAGUGUUUGUCCAUGAACACCGGCAGGUUGAAAAUCUGGAAGUGUUUGAGGUCUGUAACCAUGGAUCCAAGCGACGUGUUGCCGGGAGAAGACACAGACUGGGAGAUGUAGUUGGCUUCGAUGGACAGAGUGAGGAGGACAGGCCAAAGUUACCAUUGGAAAUCGACUAUGAUAUUUACCAAAGCCCUAUAGUGGACAGUGAAAAGCUCUAUUACCAGUUGUCCGCAAACCUCCCAAGAACAACGCGACACACUGAUGGUCUCUUCACGAGCGAGUACAGCAAGAUGCUGGGCCAGUUGUCUGCCAGGAAAUACCUGGAAUCUCUGAUCGGGAAGAGAGUCAGUGCCCAAGAUGAUGAUGUUCCUUCCAAACGCCACACUGAUUCGAUCUUCACCGACAACUUUAGCCGUAUCCGGAAAAAGAUUGCAGUGAAGAAAUACCUAGAAAGACUCAUGAAUGGCAAGAGAAGUCGUGAAGAGUUAAACUCAGCCAAUCUCUCAGAUACUGAGCUACUUGGUGAGGACUAAGUGUAAUGGCUGCUGACCUUUUGAAUCACCUUCCACCUUUGAACCUUUGGACCAUAUCCUACUUACCUACUCAACUGAAAACUACAUAGCCUUUUUUCAACUAUUAACCUGGAGUGAAAGCUUAUCAGCGUCAAACUCCAAACCAACAUGUUGUGAUGUGAAUGUUGUGGUGACCCAUUUUGUUUCACAUAAAUGAGAGUCGAUGUUU